AUGGCAUCACUGGAGGCGCAGCGCCUCCUGGCCCUCGCUGCUCUCCUCCUUCUGGUCAUCAUUCCCACAGAAACUGAAGUGGUGAAGUUGAUGACAGACUGUGCAGACUUUUUUCUCGGCCAAACUCCGCCACGUGUCCCGGGAAUCUUGGAGGGAGGGAACAUCCUGAAUCAGAGCAGAUACAGACCCAUUUGCCAGACGUUUAAGAACACCAGAACGUUUGUGACGCUUUAUGACACCCACAACAAGAUUCCAGUGUUUUCUGCUUCCAAGUACAGAGGCCACAGCAGCGGCAGACCACGCAGCAUUUGGAACAUUGAACCACAGCUUGAGGACAUACGCAGCAAUGACAACAUGGAGACAGCAAACGAUCAUGUCACCUACAACUACCAGGCUGGAAACUCUGAUUACAAAAACCAAAGAGUUACCACAUCUGGCCCUUUUACUACCACAUCUGUCCCACCUUCAACCACAUCUAUUCGUCAGAGUAGCACAUCUGUUACUUUCACCUCUGGCUCUCCCACUAUCACAUCUGUACCACAUUAG